AUGCUGCCGCUUGAGCUCAAGUCAGAUCUCUUGGCGGAGGAAAGCCAUCCAGUCCAGGGCGCAAACCUUACCAACACAGAACCCCAUCAGCCACAGAAUUCCCUACCGCUUUUAGAUUUCACACCCUUGCCGGUAUCAACCGACGUGGUCGCAACCGAAUUCCUGUACAGCAACGCAAACGGUGAUGGCGACUUGCUCGUGCCCCGAAGGAAGCGGCAGCGGUUGGGAGACCCCGACAAAUCUCAAGACUUUAGUAAAAGCAAAGGUAUUGCAGGGCGGGCACCGGCCCCCUUGGUUAAGGUAGAGCACUGUGGCGCGGUGGUGUAUGAGGACGCUGCCGCCGAGCUCACCGACGCCAGGACGGAGCGGGCCAUUAGCGAGGCGCAGCCGGAUCUGGGAGCACGUGCCGCCCAGCCACUGUCGGCAGAUCCGCAACGCAAUGGUUCACCGUGCGCUUCUGUGCAAGCAGGAGCGCUUGCACACCUGAGCGCGGUAAUGGCUGUAGCAAAUGCAGCAACGGAGCUAACAGCUGUAGCGGGACCCGCGGUAGUAGACGCCGAGGCGACGAAGGCCGUCUCGACAGCCGCUGUCGCCGCUACAGCUGCCACCGCCGCCGCCGACGACGACGACAAUGUGGGCGACGUCAAGAUGGCGGAUGUACGACCACACGACGUGGACACGUCGUCAUACGGCAUGGGUGAUCAGGACCAGGGCCCGAUCCCGACACCAGGACUCGGUGAGAUCACGCGGGCGAGACCAUCAGCUGGGGCAGACCACCAGCUAGCUGCCUCAAGCAGUGAUGGCGGCGGCGGCGACGAUGGACGGUACGUAUCCCGGGCGAGGCGUGAAAAGGCCGUCGCAGCUGCGCGGGUGUGGACUGAUGACGAUGAUAGCGACAAAGGUGACGCCGUUGGCGGCGGUAGCGCCAGGACGGCGGAUGAUAUUGCCGCAAAGAAGCGACAGCCGUCUAGCCGCGACCAGAAGGCAGCCGUAGCCGCGGCGACAGGCGAAUCCUCAGGCGGCCGCAGCCUCAGCAGUGGCACAAGCCAUGGCCGCAAGGCACCGCAUAAAAAGCAACAUGAGGAAAGCGAGGAUAGGGAGGAGAACCAGCAGCAGGAAGACGCACCAACUACGAGGCGCAGCGCUCGGCAGCAGGCUGCGAGGCGACAGCAGACACUCGAGCAGUGGGUGUUCGGGGAACGAGGCACGGGACGCCGAGGAAGCCGGGUGGAGGACGCGGACUUUGACUAUCGAGGCAAGGGAGAAGAAAAGGAGGAGGAAGGGGAGGAGGAGGACAAAGAGCCAAAGCACGCUCGCGGUCGAGGGGUAGGGAAGCCCUCACCGGAUAGAAAGGCUAGGAAGACAGGCAAGCGCGGGGAAUGCAGGAAGAAGGGCAGCAAGGAGAGCAGCAGCGGCGCUGCCAGCGACAAAGGGGAGGAGGAAGACUCGGAUGACGGCGGUGACGGUACGCUGCAGGUAGAGAAGCGGCGCUGCGACCGGACAGACGCUGUCAGUCGCCGCUCCAGUGGCGGCAAGCUUGCGGCCGCGUCCGCCGCGGGCGCCGCAGCAAUUCCAGAGAUUCCGGCGGCGGCGUCCAAGCGGCUCCGUGGCCCUCUGUCGCCGUUAUCGCAGGCUGAGACGAAGCGACGGCGAAGGCAGCAAGAAUCGCCAGGACCCAACAUUGAUGCAGUAGUAGCAGCCGUAGCAGCACCAGCACCACCAGCUGUUGCAGCGGGCAAACAGCGGCGUACCAGGCGGCGGCAGCUCGGGUCUGAUAGCGACGGCGAGGAUGAGCCGGUCCCUGGCACCGCGGUAGCAGCAGCAGGAGGCGCUGGUAGGAGCGACGAAGAGGAGGGCCAGGACGGCACUCGCAAUCACGGUGAUGGUGGUGGUGGUGGUGGUGGUGGUCGCAGACGCAGCGGUCGCCUCUGCCGGGCCUCACAGCCGACGGCAUCAGCGGCGGCGGCAGCGACGCCGCCAACAAUGUCAGGCGCGGCUGCUGAGUUUGAAAAUGCUGAGGCGCUAUUAGACGAGCUGGAGGACGAGGGCAUGGAUGACAUCGUUCUUGAGCCGAACCCCUCCAAGACUCGAUCGGCUAGGGUGAAGGCGGCGGCGGCGGCGGCUAUCGGGGGCUGGCAGGGACGGCGCCUGCGGGCGGUGAAGGAGCGGAAGGUGCUGACGGCGGCCGAGCUACGGGAGAAGGCUCGGAGAAAGCUAGAGGGCGCGCUUGAACGAGGAGGCGACGUUGCCGACAAUGACGAGGAGGACGAUGACGAGGAGGAGGAAGAGGAGGAGGACAGCGUCGGCAGGGACGUCGGCAAUGGCCGUCAGCAGCGGAGGCGACGGCUGUUGCAGCACCCGGGUCUUGAUGAGGACGUCGAUGCGGAGAUAGCCGCGCACGCGAUGUCGAUGUGCGCUUCCGAUGAAGAGGAAGAAGAAGAAGCGGAAGCCGCAGCGGAACGAGCCCUGGAGGAUGACAUCGAGCCCAGAGGCGGCGCGGGUGGGAAGCGGCACGGGUCGAUGGCAGCAGCUGCGGCAGCUGCAGCCAUGGCUGGACAGGGCGAAGAGGACGAUGAUGUUGAUAGUUUCAUUAACGACGGUGCGGUGGAGGAAGGAGAGGCGAGUAGCGACGUGGAGCAGUUGGAGGAGGAGGAGCCGAAGACGCCGCAGAAGGAUCGCCGCAGUCGCCGCGGCGAUGGCGCAGGGGCGGCUGCGGGUGGUAGUCCCGGAGGAUUGCGCUCGCCGCCGGUGGCGGGGCGUGUGGGCUCGAGCAACUUUGAGAACUUCAAGUCCUGGGUGACGCCCAUGCUGUGCGAGCUGUUGCGGCUCCGAAUGGCGGGUGAGGACGAGGACGAGACGCUUCAGGCGGAGAUGGACCAGGCGGCUCGGUGCAGGCGAUUUGAAGGAGAUCUCAAGACAGCCAGGGAGAAUACGAAGUCGUACUCGUGGGUCCACGCCGUUACCAAGCUCGGACUGGAAAGGGCGUUGUUGCGGUAUCCGACGCUUCUGAUCGAUGGCAUGACGACCGCGCAAUUCUACGGCCCCUCCGGCGCGGGGGCAGUCCAGGCGGCUAUCGCCCGGGAGGUGGGGAUGGAGAUGGACCCCGGGACCCUAUCGCUUGGCAGCUUGGAGGACAGGGCGGUGGGUUGCGACAUCUGCCACUCAUACAGGACUCACCGCCUUCACACGCUCACCCUAGGAGGCGACGCAGUGGAUGAACACGACGGGGGGUCGCGUGGAGCGGCGAGUGAAAAGGAAGAGGACAAGGAGGAGACACGGGAGUUCGUGGCGGGUGGCAUGUGUUGCGAACGAGUGGUGCUGUUCCACGUGAUCUGCCACUUCAAGCGUUUUAUGUUGGCAUCGUUCAAGAGGAAACUCAAGACGAUUCUGAGGAGGAAGAGGCGGGUGCCUGCCGCUGGCGGCACUCUGUCCGUGGACACCCGCCGAGAGGUGCUCUUCGAGCUGCUGGACGACAAGCGGGACCCUUACCUGUACGAUGUGUACAAGAAGUACAGGGAGAUCAUCGCCGCGGCUGAGAAGUUGUACAUGACACAGAACAUGAAGGAGCGUUUCUUGCCAGGAAGAUUGAGGAAACCCGGGGGAUGGGGCCUUCAGGUAUCGGAGGUGAUGUACGAGCUCCACAACUCCGUCGAUGGCUACGAGUCUGACAUACCCGGCAUGCCUCCAGAGGCGGAAGAAGGGGAAGAUGAGGAGCGAGGCGAGGAUAGCGACGAUAGUUGUGCGGGCGACGUGGGUGGGGAUGAGGGCGACGGCAACCCUGUGAUGGAGGACGACGACAGUGGCAGCGCCGGCGGUGGUGAUGAUGAUGACGGGGAUAGUGAUGAUGGCGGCCGCAAGCAACGUGGCAAUCGCGGCAGCAGGAGGUCGACAGCAGCACGGAGGCGGCGCCUUGUGGUGGACGGCGAUUGUGAGGACGAUGGCGACGACGGCAAAGAUGCAGGCGGCGGUAACCGUGCGAGCGGCGCCAUUGUGCUUGGAGUCAGCGACAUGCGGGAAGCCACCCGACGCAUGCGGGCUGACGCCGCCGCAGCGGCAGCGGCAGCGGCUGCUGCUGCAGCAGCUGCUGCCAAGAAGGCGGCAGUAGCUGCUGAGCGUGCGGCUGCUGAUGCGGCGGUCGCGGCGGCGGCGGCCAUUGCUGCCGCCAAUGCUGACCAAGACCCGCCGCUUUCAUCGCCAACAACUGCGCCACCACGGUCACAGAUCGGCAGCGGCGGCAGCCGCCAAAUGAGGAUCACGGAACUUCUGUCCCCGCGGGGCGGCCACCAGCGACAGUAG